GCGCAGGGCCCUCGGCAUGUUCUAGUAGCUUCUUUCGGGCUGCGGUGCGGGUGGCGCGCGUUGUAUGUCCCACGGUCGGCCCUCGGCGAAACUCAGGCUCAGGCUCGGGCUGCUGGAUCCGCCGGCUGAGUUAUGGUACAAUUACACAUCAAAAACGACAGUGAAAGCCAAUUUCUGCUUGACACGACAGUAGAUGUUGCAGUGGAAGACCUAACCAGGCUAGUAACACAGAUUUACAAUGGCAGACUCAAAUUGGACAGGAUUUGUGCAGAAAUAAAUGAAUUGGCAGAGCAUGGCACCUUCCUUCCUAUUAAUAUGCAAGGACUGACAGAUGAGCAGAUAGAAGAACUCAAACUGAAAGAUGAGUGGGCAGAGAAAUGUGUACCAAGUGGAGGAUUUGAAUUUAAAAAGGAUGAAAUUGGACGGAGAAAUGGACGUGCUCCAAAUCAGUCAAUGAAAGCAGUAUUAACAAAGACUAAAGAAGAGGCUAAAGCACUGAUUUCAAAGAAACAAGCUCAGGCCAACGUAUGUGUAACAAUGGAGAUGGUUAAAGAAGCUCUUGACCAACUGCGAGGAGCUGUUACGAUCGUUUAUCCCAUGGGGCUGCCUCCACAUGAUCCAAUCCAACAGGAAUUUGAUGGAAAAGAAGACCUGUCAGGAUUGCAAGCUGGGAAAAUGGUAAUUGAAGAGUCUGAGGGGCGUCUUUGGUGGGCAGGAAAAGAGUUGCAAAGAGGAAAGAAACUGUCCGACUAUAUCGGCAAGAAUGAGAAAACUAAAAUUGUUGUAAAAGUACAAAAACAAAGUCAUGGUGCUCCAGCUAGAGAGCCAGUGAUCAAAGAAGAUGAACAGAAGCAGAUGAUGAUGUAUUACUACAGGAGACAAGAGGAACUCAAGAAACUUGAUGAAAAUGAUGAUCAAUCGUAUCUUGAUUCAACCUGGGCGGAUAGACAUGCUCUGAAAAGGCAGUUUCAGGGGGUAAAUGACAUCAAGUGGGGUCCUAGAAAAUAGUGGCAAUCAACUUGCAUGGCAGACUGUUACAUCACUACCACAAACAGAGAAUGUUACAAAUGUUCCUUUCUAGAGUAUUUGCAUUUAAGAGAAUCAAUGGCUGGCAUCUUUCUCAUCUUUUGAUCAAAUGGAAAGCUCCAGAUUUUCAAAAUAUUGUUGCUGGUAAUUUUGUAUGGUAGAAGCUGCUCUUUAGCCCAAUUGUCUUAUUUUUGCAUCCUGGAACACUUGUAUUCAUGUUAAAUAAAUAUUUAUUUUACAAUUUA